AUGUCGCGUUACGAUAUUGUAUUGUAUGGUGCCAGCGGCUUCACGGGAGCUUAUGUUCUAAAAUUGUUGGUUGAAGAACAGGAACAACAGAAUGUAAGCUUUGCUAUUGCAGGGCGAAGUGAAGCCCGGUUAAAGAAACUACUCGAUAAUACAAGUCAAGAACUGGGGAAGGAUCUACAAAAUAUCUCCGUAAUUGUUGCCAACAGUUAUGAUGAAUCUACAUUAACAGCAAUGGCGAAACAAGCAAAAGUCAUCGUAAAUGUUGUUGGCCCUUAUCGAUUGUACGGCGAAGCAGUUGUAAAGGCUGCUGUAGAAAAUGGUGCUAGCUAUGUGGACAUUUCGGGGGAACCUGCGUUCUUGGAAUCGAUGCAAAUGAAAUAUAGUGAUAUUGCUCAAAAAAAAGGUUUAUAUGUGGUUGGUGCGUGUGGUUGGGAUAGUAUUCCUUGUGAUUUGGGUGUUAAUUUUCUGAAGGAGAAAUUCAGUGGUCAGCUGAAUCAUGUGGAAACAUUCGUGCAACUAAAUUCAGGACCUGCGGGUUAUUCGUUCAAUGCAGGCACAUAUCGCACUUUAGUUUUGGGCAUGGCAAAUGUACUGACCGACGGCUUGAGUAAAAUAAGACGAAGUAUCAUGCCAGAACGAUUGCCAAGAAGUUCGUUCCGGGCACCGAAGAGGGGAACUUUUUGGUUCAAUGAGAAAAUUGAUGGGUGGUGUCUUCCAUUUUACGGAUCAGACAAAAGUGUAGUUACUCGUUCUCAAUAUUUUGACUACAAGUUCCGUGGUGUUUUACCACUGCAAGGGAUUCUUUUCUAUACAUUAGAUACCGCUCAUUACGUUCAGAGAAAUGAAACAGGGUGGGUAACGAUCAAAUGUUUAGUUUACAAUGAAAAAUAUCGUAAUAUCUGUAAGCACUUUUUAAAGAAGUGGACUUUUAAUACUGUAGUUGUAAGUUAUGGAUUACGAAGCUGGAAGUUCCAACUUGGAAUGACGUUUAUCAGUUUGCUGUCACUUUAA